UCCGAAGAGUUUCAUUAAGUUUGUACUGAAUGAAUCUUCAUAGUGUAAAGCAUAUACAUUCAUAUUUCCAAGUAGUAAGUGCAUCCUAUGAGCAUCAUGAACAUACCAUAUUCAUUAUAUUAAAUGAAACUGUUUCUGUAUUGGGCUGUGCAACAAAUAGGUCUUUGGUCAAUGAACUGUUAGAACUUUUAUGGGCAUUAAAUGUGAUUUAGUUGCCUGCCAUUUAUGUGUUUGAGUUAUGUCUCUGCUUAAUAAGGCCUGUAGUUUUUGCAGACCACCUUUUACUUUCAUCCUUUGUAAUCUUCUUAGAGAAGGGGUUGAAGAUGAACAUUACAUAUUUCAUUUCUUACUGUUUUCUAGACUACACCUUCUUGAUGCUCUCCAAGUGCUUGCAUAUGCUUCUCCUCUGACAUUGGCAAGGUCUGGUCGGAGAUUGAUCUGGUCUGAAUGACAGCUUCACAAGAAUUGGAAGGAUCAAACUUAUUAGCAGAAACAAAUUUGGUUAUUUGUUCAACAUCAGGGAAUAGAUGAGGAGUGAAUUUUCUGAUUUGGUAGUGAACAAUAUGCAUAAAAGCCGAAGCAUGGAGAAGAGUGAAUGGAAAGUCGAUGUCGAGUCAUUUAAGAGAAGAAACUAUGUUGUACAAGAGAGAGAUGAUGAUCCUAAUGAAUCAGAAGGAAUUGGAGAUCGAAUCAGCCGGUAUUCCUCAAAGAGUUCAUUCAAGACUUCAAUGGAUGACGAGUUUCCUGAGCUUGUUGUUUUCCUUCAAGAAACCGACUUAGAAUUUGUGAAAGAUAUUUGCAUCGACAAAGUGGUAAUGUCACAUGAAAAAUGCCUCGAGGAGAAUUGUGACACAGAAAAUGGUUUCGCCCCUGACAUGCUCAAGCAUAAUACACCAGAAAGUGACUGUGAAUCAAGUGAAGAAUCCGAGUACUUGGAGUCGUCGGUUUCAAGUACUGAAUCAACACAGAUCCUUGAGGAAGACCUCGUUAACAAAGUAAAUGAGAAACAAAAGGAUUAUUCUUCUGAGGUUUCCAUUAUGAAAUCUGUGCCUAUAUUGUUUCUUGAUAGAAAGGUUACAGGUAAGAAGGAAGCAGCUUCGACAAACUCUAUUGCAAGAUCAUUGACUAAGAUACUUGAUGAAAACAGACACAAAGGCAAAGCAGUUGCUAGAAGCAAGAGUAACUUUGAACUUGGCAGCAACUGGACAGCAGGUUGCCGGCACUGCCAUAACUGUGGAAGCGCAUCCAUGGCUGAGGAUGACACGCCGGAGAACCAUCAGAAUGAAGAUGGUUCCUCUGCGGUGCAUCACUUAAGACCCUCAUUGUCAUCUUCUUUGGGCAGCGCAUCGCUUAAGUCGAACAGCAGCACCAACAGCUCACAUUCUUUCUCUUUUCCAAUUUUAGAAACAGAAUGGAUUGGAAGUCCAGAAAGAAUGGCAAAAGCUGAUCCGUUGCAAACGUUGCGAACGCAAAGACGACAACUAUGGAGGCGAUGUUUUCCCUGUUGUAAUUUCUAGUACUGCCAUUGUACUACAAAUUUCGUCUCGAGUAGCGAGUGAACAUUGCAUUAACGUAUUACUUUCGGAGUUUUAAAUCUUCUCUCGUUUCAUAUUCUUAAUCUAUAUGUUAGACCUGUUAUUUUGUUGGUAGUAUAGAGGCCACACAUGAAGUAUGUUUAGGAGUAAAUUGAAAACAUGAAGCUUACAGAUCUGAAUCUGAUGCUGAUUGAACCUACUGAUAAACACAAAGAAAGAGAUGAAUGGCGACAGCAAAGAUAAGAUCCUCCUCAACCAUUGAAGAGGACCAUAAUCAGAUUGCUGGAUGUUUCUAGAGCCCUGGUGUGUUAAGUAGUUCGUUUGAUAUAUAAGCUUAGUG